AUGCUGUUGCUGAAGGCAUUCAACCAGGGCUUGGGUGCGACUGAAGAGCAUAAGAGAGCGGGUGCGAUCGUGGGUCGGCCGUGGAGUUGGGUGUGCAACGAUGCGGAGAUGGCUGGGGCAGUUGGAGAGAUGCUGAGGAGCAUUGGAGUGCUGGCGCCGGAGGGGGUAGGAUUGGCUGGGGAUGAGGAGAAUGGGAUUGCCGAUGAGGAGUGGAGCCGGUUCUUUGGAGAACUGCAUAAUACUAUACGGAUGGGCGAUUGA